CUGCGAUUUUUACAACUAAAUAUAAGUACGCAAAUUCCGGAAGUAAACAAGUAUUGAUAUUUUGCAAACCAAUUUAAAGUUUAGUCUGAAAGAAAUGUUCACCGAGGCUGAAAUCGACGAAUUAGAAAGCAAUGAUUAUACAGACAAAGAGUUUUCUGACGAAGACACUGAAGAUGCCAGUGAGACAGAUGUUGCCAAGCAGGAGACCCAAUACACUGAGAUCAAGGAGCAGAUGUAUCAGGACAAGCUGGCCUUCUUGAAGAAGCAGUUGAAGCAGUUGGAGGAUGGGACACUCCCAGAGUACCUGAAGCGGAACAAGAAGAUCGACCAGCAGUAUCGGGAGCGUCUGAAAUACAUGGAGGUUUUCAAAGAGUAUGAGUUGGAGGUGAUAGAACGAGAGUACAAAAAGGAGAAGAAACUCGCUGCCAAGGAUUUUGAGGAGAAGAAGGUGGAUCUUAAGGAGACUUUGAUAGCUGACCUUGAGGAGAAGCGGCGCAGUGUAGAGCUGGAGCGCAGUCAGCUGGAGCUGACAGGGGGUCACUGUAACUUCCUGCUCUCCACAUCACUAGGUAUGCUAGAUGUGAAUGAGACCAAGCCGAUGUCUACACGAAAGCUACGCCGUAGACCAAAUGAUCCGGUGCCCAUGCCUGAGAAGCGACGGAAACCAGCAUCACCUGCCCAGAUAAAUUUCUGUCUGGACGAUACAGAGAUCAUGGAUGAUUUACGCAUAAUCAAUAAGGUUUCGGGGAAACCGAUGGGUCGGAAACCCUCUGUCCCCACCAUUGGCCCUGUGGACGUUAUUCCCGAUGUUAAAAUAGACGAUGGCAGACUGUUCUUUGAUAAACGAUGGUUUCAUCGGAACCAGCCCGUGUUUGUGGAGUGCAAGGAGACGGGAAACAAGUUCAGUGGCAUCAUCACUGCCAUUGGAACACAGGAGAUUUGGAUAAGAAAGACAUCUGACAAUAGCAAGAUCAAAAUCUUUCUCAGUCAACUUCAGAAAGGGAAGUUCAAUCUGCGCAGAAAACAGACGUGACCCCUGCUAUCCCCCAUCAUCCAGCACUCCCCCACCUGUCAUAUUUGAACUAUUAGCAAAGGAUGUGUUCAUUUAGUUAGAUGGAACCGAGAGGCACAAUUAUUGUGUGUUAUUGUGGUGGUUUACAUUCACAUCUGGCUUUAUAAAUCAUUAACCACAACAACAAACGCAAAAAGCCACAACACUGUGCAAUGUAUAUUUGAUAAUGUUAUAGGCUUUAAUGCAAUGUUUGGUUCAAAGAUGGGUAUUUUCAAUUACAGAAACAUUUCACAUCAAGGCAAAAAUGCAUAGAUUUAAUAUGCACAUUAUUAUGUAUUAAAAAAGCCUAAUUACUCUGAUGGCUAAUAAAAAUAAAUAUAAAUGGGCCUUGCUCUGUGAAAAGGAGGUUUGAUGCAUGUGUGUUAAGUGUCAUCCCAGAUGAGCCUGUGCAGUCUGCACAGCCUAAUCAGGGACGACACUUUCGGCUUUUAAAUGAGAUUUUUCAUUAAAAAGUCUCUUCUUAGCAAAAAUUAGUUUAGGCAGAAAGUGUCUCCUUUGUGGACUGCACAGGCGAAUCAAGGACAUUUUACUUACAUGCAUUAAACCCCCUUUUCAUAAAGCACGGCCCAAAUGGUUUGUUAUGCUUAUCAUUAUGCCCCCUUAAAUACUAAUUACUGCAAGGUAUAUAGUGUUACCACAGUCCUAUUGUAUGUUUUUUUGUGGGGUAAAUUUUGCCCAUAAUAAAUGGGAUUUCAAUAUAAAUAGGCCAAAAUGAUCAUCAUAUCAGGAUGAUGUGUUGUAUGCAUUAACAAGGUCUUUCCCUUCAUGGUCACUGUGAACACUUGGAUAUUUUGGAUCUUCAUGGUCACUGUGAACGCUUGGAUAUUUUGGAUGUUCAUGGUCACUGUGAACACUUGGAUAUUUCAGAUCUUCAUGGUCAAUGUGAACACUUGGAUAUUUUGGAUCUUCAUGGUCACUGUGAACACUUGGAUAUUUUGGAUCUUCAUGGUCACUAUGAACACUUGGAUAUUUUGGAUCUUCAUUGUUACUGUGAACACUUGGAUAAUUUGGAUCUUGGAAUGUUUACUUUUGUCUUAUCCAUGGAAUUCAAAAUUAAAUGGCACAAAUAAUCAUAUUGUCAAUAGGAUAUGUAACAUGCAACAAUCAAGUCUCACUCCUUAAGGUCAAAGUGACAGUUGACUCUUUAAGUUUGUAAACAUUCCUGAUACUACGGAUAGCUUUGUUUGAAUUAUGGGAUUUCAAAGUUUAUUGUCACAAAAAAAACCUAAACAAGUUUUCUCUUGCAGCAAUCACAUUGGUUCCUUCAAGGUCACAGUGGACUUGUGAAGUGUGUUCAUAAUUCUUAUAUGGUAUGAAUGAUAGCGGAUAUUCAUGUGACUAUCACCUUUAUUUUUUGUAUAGUGGAUUGUCAAUUUUUUAUCAUUUCAAGACGGUAUGUUGUAUGAACUAUGAAUCAACUUGAAUUCUUGCUUAAAGGUCAAUGUGACAUAUGUAAAAUAUGCUGUAUUUGUAAAUACAGUGACAUAGGACUGGUACUUUUUUUCUUAAUGUAAGGUUUGCAUUAUAUGUGUCAGAAACAACACUUUGUUCUGUUUCCAUAGAAAAGCAGGAGAUACGAGUUAAUGCUUAGUUAAAUAUGAUAUUGCAUGCAAAGAUCCAGGAUUUAAAUGAUAGUAGAAAAUUUGUAUUCAGCUUUUAUUCUAGUUUUUUUUUCAAAAUAUUUUAUUUUUGUAUAUUUCUGAUGUACACACUAUUAGGUGAAUUCCUAAUUAGCUCUUUGAUUUCUGUGUUUUUAAGCGGAUCAUAUUUUUUUUCCAUCCAAAUUAAAAUGCCUUUGAGAAACAUGACAAACAUAUGGCUUUUAAUGUUUAAUUUAAUGUCUUAUUGAUUGGUGAAUGUACAAUCACUAAUCUAUUACAUGUAUGUGUUUGGUUCAUAAAAAAGUACUCAAAACAUGUUCAUCCAUGUUCCACAAUAGAAAUUGUGGAAUGUCAUAAACCAGACAUACUGCAUAAACAUGUAGAAUCUAGGCAUGGUUUGACUACAGUUUUUGUUUGAUGAAUUCUUAAUUAUGCGUUUUUGUCUAGACUGUAUAUUUUGCCAUUUUAUAAUUUAAAUAAAAAUAAUUUUUCAUUA